AUGAGUGUGUUGCUAGAGACUACCGCUGGUGAUAUCAUAGUUGAUUUGAAAUAUAAGCAGUAUGAAAUUGAAUCGUACAAUUUUUUAAAAUUGUGCAAGUGUAACUUUUAUCAAAACCAGUGCUUUUACAAUUUACACAAGGAUCAGUCGGUACAAUUCGGUAAUCCCCUCUUAGGUUAUGAGGAUAGAAAGGAGCUGAGGUUGAAAAAUACAUCCGUGGAGGGUAUCACGAGUGAGCCAGUUAAGUCCCGACUUCUAAAGGCCACUGAAUCGCCAGAUCGUUCAGGUAAAGCGCUAAAGGGAUCUUUAGGAAAUGUUGUCGUUCAAAAACAAGAGAGUGGUCAAGAGUUAAUUGGUUCGCAGGUGAUCAUUUCCCUAGCUGAACAUGGUUUGGAUGCAACUAAUGCCAUUUAUUUUGGAGAUGUCAUACAGACAUCAUGGUCCACCUUGGAUAAAAUAGAAAGAUUCGCCGUUGACGAUACACAGAGGCCAAUAGAGGAUAUUAGAAUUCGUUCAACUUUCAUCAUAUAUGAUCCAUUUCUUGAUGGGAGACAUUUUCCCACAUAUGAAGUAUCACUCCCAAUACAAGAUAUUAGGUUACCACAAACGCUAGUGGAUGAAUUUACAGAUGAGGAUCCAGAAGUUCGUAGGGAUAUCAAGAGAAAAGAAUUAUCGCUAGAAAUCAUCGAGAAUAUGCCUAUUAUGGGCAUAAAGCCAUCGCCUCGAGUUCUCUUCAUAUGUAAAUUGAACCCAUUGACCAGAGCCAAGGACAUUGCUACCAUUUUCCAGAGGUUUGGAGCCAUUGCAUCAGUCGAGAUCGUUCGAGAUAAGUCUACAGGCCAUUCCUUAGGGUACGGGUUCAUUCAAUUUACAGACAGGAAAUCCUGCGAGCAAGCAUACAAGAAAAUGGAGGGUGUUAUAAUUGAUGAUAGGAGAAUCCACGUAGAUUUUAGUCAAAGUGUCAAGGCAGCUACGAAAGCCAUCAAUCGUUGA